AUUUCUUCCCUCAUCACCAUCUUCGUCAACAACCCUUUCCUACUCUCUUCUUAGAUUCUUUUUGCUGAGUCUGGCACUCACGCUUUUCUCUCCCAGUCUUGUUAUAGCAUCGUUUACAUAGAUCUUCUGUUUAAUCCUCAACGACAUCAUGCAGACACGAAUUUUGACCGCCCUGACGGCCUUCGCCGCCGGCAUCAACGGUCACAUUAUCAUGAAAAGCCCGGCUCCGUUCGGCUCCGUGGGCAGCACCAAGUCAAUUACCUCGUCACCAUUAACAAGUGCCAACUUCCCCUGCCAAGUAGGCUCGGACCCGGCCAAGUUUUACAGUAAAGACGGCCUCGACAACAAGAUGGUAAUCGGCCAACCUCAGAAGCUAUCUUUCGAAGGCUCUGCUGUUCACGGUGGCGGUUCGUGUCAAUUGGCACUUACUAAAGACACUCAACCUUCAGCCUCUACUUCGUGGCAGGUAAUACUGUCGAUCGAAGGUGGUUGCCCGUCCAAGAGCGGAACUGGCACAGACGAGUACGACUUCACGGUUCCUGAUUCAAUAGAGCCUGGUGAUUAUGUUUUCGCAUGGACCUGGAUAUCCAAGCUUUCAGGUACCCAAGAGUACUAUAUGAACUGUGCUCCUGUAACCAUUACCGGUGGAAGCGGUAAGCGAGAGGUAUCGCACAACGAGACGAUGGAACUCUUCGGCCGCGAUGAUUCCGCAUUACCUGAGCUCAUGGUCGCCAAUUUGGCGGAUAUUAACGACUGCAAAUCGGAGCUUUCUACAGACCCCGAGUUCCCGGUGCCAGGUCCCAACGUCAUCAAGCCCGGUUCCAAUAACAAAUUUGCGCCUAUAUCUGGUUCUAACUGCGUCCCUAAGGGCGUUAAAGCAGUUCCCUCAGACGGAGGGUCGCCAUCCGUCCCUGCUCAGACAUCCGCUAUCGCCUCAGAUACUGAUGUCCCCUCUACCUUCGUAACAUUGACCAUCGAUACAUCUACACUCCCAGCACCCACGGCCACGACCUCCUCAGCAGCUGUAACGACCUCUUCAUCGGCCGUUCAUACCAGAACCGCGACAGCAUCUCCCUCGCCUUCGCACGCUUCUAGCGCCCCUGCUGGACCUAGCGGUUCGCCGACCCCCGGCUCUGGCAGCGCUCAAGGCCUUACAGGCCCCUGUAAAACAGAGGGCAUGUUCAACUGUAUUGGCGGCACAUCCUAUCAACAGUGUGCGUCGGGAAGUUGGAGUGUAGUUAUGAAGAUGCCGCCUACGACGAAGUGCAAAGAGGGUCAGACGAUGACGCUUUGGGGUCGCGGUUUGAGCCCACAGAGGGAUAGCCUGAUGGGGCGACGACGGGGUUACUAACUUGGAUAAAGACAGGUAGCUCUUUGUUGUAAUAGACUCGCAAAACUUGUAUAUAGCGAUAAAAUGAAAACAUUGCCUAGCGGGUCUGGGCCUUUUUGAGACAGUUGUUCUUUGACUUUGAUGAUAAACUCGCUGUUCUGGAUGUGAUCUAAAAUGAU